AUGAGACUUCCUUUCCCUUUACAGGAAAUAUAUGACGAGUCCGAGAAUCCCUAUACAGCAGACCUGGUUCUGCCUAGUCUGCUCCGGAGGCUCUUGCCUUCAAGCAUUAGACAGGAAGUUGAGCAUGAUAUCACCCGACUAGGGACCUACAUCGUGGACGAUGCGUUUCUCUUGUAUCUCAGCUCUUGUGAUUACGAUCAAUGGGAACGGCGCGUUGAUCAGCUGCACACGUCUGAGGCAUGGAGAAAGAUAGAGGAGCUCGCAAUCAGAGAAGGAUUCGUGUCCAUCGCAUAUGAGCGCAAGUAUAACGAGUACAGCAGAAGAUACUCGUUUGUCAAGGUAAUGACUAUGACCGGUGAUUGUCACGUCGUACUGUGCUCGUUGGGUCAUGUGUUAUACGCAGGCAUAGAACUGUCUGGGACGGACGAGAUGAAGCAGCAGCUGUUGCCCAGGUUGAUCAGUCAUGACCCAUCAAUUGCAUACUUAUCUGGGCAAUGGAUGACAGAGCGUCCCGGUGGAUCUGACAUCUCGCAGACUGAGACAACAGCCGUGCCUACAUCGCCAACUCAGACAGACCUGGGAACACCAUGUGUACUCAACGGAUUCAAAUGGUUCUCCAGCGCGGCCGAGAGCAACAUGGCUGUGGCCCUCGCACGCAUGGGCACGCCCCAACAAGGCUCGCGAGGGCUCUCGCUCUUUGCCGUCCCGCUUCGCCAUGCACAGCAUCCCACCCCACUAAGCAACGGAGUCAAGAUCCACAGGCUCAAACAGAAGCUAGGAGCUCAUGGCGUGCCGACCGCCGAACUGGAACUGGAAGGGACCAGGGCAUGGUUGCUUGGCCAACCGGAGGAGAGCGUGAAAGCUAUCGUGACGGUGCUGGGCAUUACUAGGAUGCACUCUGCCGUGCAUUCGGUCGGGAGCUUGCAGGGGUGUCUGGCAAUCGCGCGGUCGUAUGCUCGGGUAAGGGCCAUCGAAGGGGGGAAAGGGAAGCUUUGUGAUGUGCCCUUGUAUGUGACCGCACUCGCCGAAGUCAGCUUAUUGCAUCAGGCAUUGACGCAUGUGACGUUCAGGAUGGUCGUGCUGCUGGGAUGGACGCAGUGCGGUAUCGCGAGUGAGGAUGAGGAGAGGCGGCUGAGACUGUUGACUCUGGCGAUCAAAGGUUACGCGGCGGUGAGGUGUCCGACAGUGAUGGAGGAGUGCAUGGGCUCUCUCGGUGGGCUUGGAUAUAUGGAGGAGGUAGGCAUUGGUAGGUUGAUAAAGGAUAGCUUGGUGGAGAGAAUCUGGGAGGGGACGGUCAACAUACUGGCGCUUGACCUCGUGCGCGCGACAAAGGAUGCGAAGACGAUCGAAAGUUAUAUGAAGUGGGCACAAGCACUUCUGCCUAGAGCGAUCGGCGAAACAUCCACGGAAAUUUCUCCUGCCGCCAUCGGAACGCUGGCAGGACUCGUCGAGCAGCUGCCUCCUCUCUUCACGCAGAACGCCACAAACCCGCUGAUAGCCCGUUCUGUGCUCAACCUCUUCGCGAGUGUGUCGUGCGCGCUCUUCCUCUUGGGGCGUGCGGCGUGGGCCGUCAGGAAUGGCGAAGCUACGAAGGAAGUGGACAUUGAGGCGUUCAGGAGGUGGGUCGAAGAGGGUGAUAUGGAAGGGGAUUUGAGAGGCAUAGCUGCGCUGCAGAAGGAAUGGAGGAGGAGGGCAGAGCUUGAUUUGAAGAUGGUUUACGGGGCGGGUGGGAGCGCGGGGGUUGGAUCGAAGCUUUGA